AAUUACAUGACCUGAACUUUGGACCAAACCCAUGCAAGCUAAGAAAAACAAGCUUGGUAUAAAUACUUGAGAACAGCUGUGAAUGUUGUUAUUUUCAAGACAAACUUAACAGAGUACUGAGAAAGAAAAAGAUAACACCUGACACAGCUAUGUGGAGGGGGCUGGAUGUUGUCCUGGCUCUCUGCCUCCUCUUCGGAGGAAGUGCAGGGAGCCAGGGUGGCAGAACCCGCUGUAGACCCCCACCUGAAUGGCAGAUUGGUGAAAACAAUCCAAUGGCAGAGUCCAUGGGUUCUGUGACCGUAGUGGCACUUCUUCAGGCCAGCUGAUCUCUCUGCUUGAUGCAGGCUUCCAGACUGGACAAGCUGCGUCAAAAGUUAGAGAGUGAAGGACUGGAGAAUGUAACAUACUUUGUUGUGAAUAGUAAGGAGCAGGAAUCUCAGAAACUCUAUGAACAUCUAAAGAACAAAGUAUCUGAGAACAUCACUGUGUUUCAACAACAUGAGCACAAGCCUGACAUUUGGAAGCUUCUAAAAGGAGAAAAGGAUGACUUUCUGAUAUAUGACAGAUGUGGUCGUCUGAUCUAUCACAUUGGUCUACCAUAUUCAUUGCUGCAUUACCCACAUGUAGAGAAAGCAGUUAGGGUCGCAUAUUGUAAAACACCCUGUGGAAAUUGUUCACACACACCAACAAAUAUUUCAGGAGUAUGUGGUGAAACAUAUCCAAAGACAGAAACUGAGCCAGUACCCCAACACCACCACCACCAUCAUCAUCAUCCUCAUGAAGACCAUGGAGACCAUGGACAUGAGCAGCAUCAGCAGCAUGCAACAGAUAGGAUUGCAGAUGAUCAGCAUGCCCAUGGCCAAAAGCACAAAGUGGAUCAGACAUUUGAUCAGCUGGCACCAGGUGCUAGUGUCCAUGAUCGGUCUAAAACAAAUCGUGAAUUAGUCAUUCCCCCACAACCUGUAGAGAGUCAUGCCCUAGAUAUUAAGCCCUGAAAAAAAGGGUCCUCUAGAUGCAGCCACCUGUUUAGCUGAAAGUGGCUCGGGGCAUCAACAUUAGAGUCAUCUAGCUGAUGCUGAUACUGACGUCGGCUGUUAGGCAAAGAAACAUUAGCCCACACAGCUACCUGACACUGCAUGGAACAGCCUCCAUCUUCUUGUCGGUGAGAAAGGCAGGAGCAGCUUGAGUCGAAUGUUGCUGAAUCCUGACAGUGACGUUCAUCUCUGGCUGCCUGACGAUCAAGGGACCAAACAGGUCAUGAUAACCGACACAAAGCAGAAGAGUCUGUCAGGUCCUGAAAAUGACCCACAGGGGAAGGCAGCUGAUUAUGACCAAAUCAGGAGCAGUAAACAGUUUAUCUUUGAAAUAUGUUACUGUCCUGUGUAUCUUCACAUAUUAAUGAUAUUUUACUGAACCAAUGUGGUUAUUACUUUUUCAAACAGGCAGUGAAAAGUAAUAAUGGAAAAAUAUGACAUCACUGCAGUAGUGGUUGCCAUAUCAUAACAUGUCACCACUUUUCAACAUCUUUGGACUGCUGAGAUUAUUUUUUUCUGGGUAUCUCCAAACAGUAUUUGGAAAUAACCUGAUGAAUCAUUCAUUAGUACUACUGUUACUAUUACAACUAGAGAAUUCCAUAAGCAGUAAUAUACUGAUGAAGAGUAUGUAAUAUUCAGUCAAUGGCAAUCUGCUGCCACUGCCUAUAGAGUCAAUGAAAUGUAAUAAUCUGUUUGUCUGGAGGUUUGUAAAAAUUACAUGUAAAACCACAUUGUUCUAGGUAUUAUAUCUUAAAAAAGAAGCGCCUACUUCCAAGUAUCACCUGUAGGUUUGAUGUUGGUCAUAAACUGCAAAAGAACAUCUUAAUUAUUUUUUGCCAAACAGUCUUCAUUCAGUCUGGUUUGGUUAGUUAAUGUCUCCUCACUAACUUCAGCCAGCAUUCACUUUUGUAUUAAUGAAGGCAGAAGCAUAAACUAGCGAUAGGGGCUUCUUUCUGACAUGUAACAAAAAUGAAUUGAAGGAGAUGAAGCAGACAGUGCUAAUCAUUUUAGUUAUAAUUCCAUCAGAAAAUGGCUUAAAUAGCAAUUUUUAUCUAAACUAUAACAAAAUAUAAGCCAACGUUGUAAAAUGUUAGAAAUCCAUGUUUAACAUAUUAUUUUUAACUACUUGUCUUGUUUAUAAUGAAACAGCUUAUUGAUGGUUUAUAAAAAAAAAAGCACCAGUGACAUUAUAUUUGUAAAAAGAAGCAUCUUCUUUGAAAAAGACCCAAAUUAAAUUGUUGUUGUUUAAUAAGUGUCAUCAGCAACAUAGUUUUGUCACCACCACUUAAACAGAAAGUAUAGAUUGCUAGUUUCUCAUCUAAAAUUUAAAGUAUGUAGGAUAUUUUGUAUGUGUGUGUGUUGUUAAGAAGAUGAGCAGGUAGAGUAAAGGAGGGGAUUAUUUUCUGGUUUGUUUGAAAGCAUAAGCUAUAUUUCAUGAUGGUUUUUAGGGAAAACCGUACCCUGUAUUACCUGAUUUCCUCAUAUAGUGAAAGCUAACAACCAGUACCAGAAAGUACUGAAUGUGCUGUACUGUGGACAGCUUUGAUUUUACAGUUUAUUUUAUGUGAAUGUAACUUAACCAGAUCGCCUAGUUCAUCUUCAAGUGUUUUAGGUCAUCUAACCCAAUACUGCUGCUACUCAAAUAAAGGAAUGCAUAACAAUG